GUUCUCAGGGUGAACUGAUAUGUUUGUAGAGAAGCUCACCAGCACUGGGUGUCCGAGCCGUCAGAAAGCAACACUAACAUGGCUGCUGGAGCCCGCGUCUGCUGCACUUUGAGAAACGCCAGAACGUUUUUCACUCGGUGCCACAGCAGAAGCGGCCAGCGGCUGUUUUCCAGCGCUACGCACCAGGAGAAUGAGCUUAGAAAUACCUCAGUGACUGCUGCAAACUUCCGGAGCAGACCCAGACCGGAGAGAUUAACAGAUGAGAAGGUCCUACCGUUUUCAGCUUUCUUGACCGACAGCUUUGGCCGCAGACAUAACUAUCUUCGCAUCUCUCUGACUGAGAAAUGCAACCUCCGCUGUCAGUAUUGCAUGCCGGAGGAGGGAGUGAAGCUCACGCCGCGGGGCCAGCUGCUCUCCACCUCAGAGGUGCUAACCCUCGCUCAGCUCUUCGUCCGCGAGGGAGUGGAUAAAAUCCGACUCACUGGAGGGGAGCCUCUCAUCAGACCUGAUGUUGUGGAUAUCAUUGCUGAACUGAAAAAGCUAGUGGGUCUGAAAACUGUUGCAGUUACAACCAACGGCAUUAACUUAUCCCGACUUUUGCCGAAACUGAAAGAUGCUGGACUGGACCUGAUUAACAUCAGCCUCGACUCUUUGGUUCCAGCAAAAUUUGAGUUUGUAGUCAGACGAAAAGGUUUUCAUAAAGUCAUGGAGAGCAUUGACAAAGCGGUUGAAUUGGGCUAUAAUCCAGUCAAGAUCAACUGUGUGGUGAUGAGAGGCCUGAAUGAGGAUGAGCUCUUGGAUUUUGUGCAACUCACAGAGAAGAAGCCUCUGGAGGUUCGCUUCAUUGAGUACAUGCCAUUUGACGGAAACAAGUGGAACUUUAAGAAGAUGGUGAGUUACCAGGAGAUGCUGGACCAGAUCAGACAGCAGUGGCCCAAUCUGGAAAGGCUCCAGCCUGGACCUGCUGACACUGCCAAGACUUUUAAAGUCCCUGGUUUCAAAGGUCAGCUGGGCUUCAUUACUUCCAUGUCAGACAAUUUCUGUGGCUCCUGUAACCGUUUGCGCAUCACUGCAGAUGGAAACCUCAAGGUGUGUUUGUUCGGUAACUCUGAAGUUUCCCUCAGAGAUAUUCUCCGUUCUGGAGCAUCUGAUGAGGAGCUGCUGCAAAUUAUAGGAGCUGCUGUGGGAAGGAAGAAGAAGCAACAUGCAGGCAUGUUCAGUAUCUCUCAGAUGAAGAACAGACCUAUGGUCCUCAUUGAUUUCUCUGAGAUGUUUGUCACAAAGCCAGAAAACCGACAAAGGGCUUCAUUCAUCUUUACUGAGCUAAAAUGUGACCCGUUCCUUUAUCUGACUGCAUCUUCUGAUGAGUCUCAGAAGGAGUUUCUGUGCCUUCCUGGCUGCACUGCUUCAACACAAACAGCCUUUAGUUGCUGCUUUAAGACCUCAAUGAGUGGCGGUUCACUCAAGACCCAUAUUAGCAAAGAGAAGUGCCAUGGUGUGACACCGCUUCACUCCUCGGACGAUGAUUACAAUCUCAUUUUUACCAGCUGUCACACUAAGAAACGCACAAAUGAGAGCUUCAUUAACGAAGACCCCCUCAGGUACACACAGACCAGUGUUCCUAACAGCCCAAGGAGUCAGUCCCUUUCUGCUUUUUGCACACUGAAUGCCAAAAUAAAUCAGACAAAUCCAAGUGUCAGGUUGUUUCACAGUCAAAAUUCUGGUGAAGACCACGUGCAUAAGACCCCAUCAGCCUUAGACAGUCCCAGUAGCGCUAAAGCCCAGCUGACGCACACAGACGCCCAGGGCCGAGCAACAAUGGUGGACGUUGGAGGGAAGCUUGCCACGCAUCGAACAGCCACAGCUGGUGCCACUGUUAUCCUGGGUGCAGUCGCUUUCCGCCUCCUCCAAGACAAUCAGCUGGCCAAAGGUGAUGCUUUAACUGUGGCUCAGCUGGCCGGCAUCAUGGCAUCAAAACAAACCUCUGCCCUCAUCCCGCUUUGCCACCCGCUUCCACUGGACCACGCCUCCAUCUCAUUUCAGCUGGAUGAGCUGCAUUGCUCUGUUAUCAUCACUGCGACCUGUCACACCACAGGCAGGACAGGGGUGGAGAUGGAGGCGCUGACGGCUGCCUCUGUGGCAGCACUGACAGUCUACGAUAUGUGUAAGUCUGUGAGCCAUGACAUUGUCAUCACGAAUGUGAAACUGCUCAGCAAGACGGGUGGGAAGAGAGACUUUCACCGUCAAUGAACACAGGAAAACUGAACUGCAAGAUGAAGAAAGUCCUUCUCUGCAAACCCAAAUGUGUACCAAUAACUCUGGCUGCUACACAAUCAAAAAAUUCCAAAUUUAUACAAAAACAAUUAGAUUUUUUCUGGACAUUUGAGUACAAAUUUUUAACUUUGAACCUACCUGAGUAGUAGUCAGGUCUUAAAAUUUGUAGGAUCUAACAGAAAAAAAAAAUGGCUUUCUUGCAUUUGUUCUGAGAUCAAUUCCAUUUCAAAAUCAGUAACUCUUUUCGUAACCCGUCUGUAGUCUUGGCAGGAUUCUCAGGAGAACUGCAGCAGAUGUCACGGUCUGACAGCGGGGAAGUGUGAGUGGAACAGGGGGCUUGGAGGAGUAUUCAGUUAGAGCUCCAGUUUCCGAAACCACACACACACACACAAAACAAAAGACCCCCGUCUUUAAGACAACAGGAGUGUUAAGAAUGGAACACCCACUCAACAUUGACAGAAGCAUGUGUUGUGAAUCUUGGCAUUUUUGUUUAAUUUCUAAAAGAAAAAUAAAUGUUCUGUAUUUCAGAUCAAACUUAAAAACCGCAAGUACAAUUUAACCUGAACUAACAUUUUUGCUAUUUGGCUAGUUUAUUCUAUUCAUGAGUGGAAAAACCCAAAGGUGCUGUGGCAAGAGGAGGCAGCAGCUUUUACUAUCGGAUACAGAUCAACACAAAAUCACAUCACUUCAUAAUCAUUAUUAGGCUUUUGUCUUUGGAAUAUAUCAAAAGGACAUUCCACUGUUUUCCAGACUUUUUCAAUCUGUCUCUCUUUAAAAGCUGCUUCAAUCACAUAAUAAAAUCUGAUUUGUAAUUUCAACUAACCUUUACAUCACUUGAAGAAUAAUUUGUCUUUAUCUCUAAUUAUUAACAAUGUUUUGUGUCUAAUUUGUCUAAUUUCUGUUUAGUAAAAACUAUCAGUGUCAUACAUGAGCUUAUUUUUUCUCUUUUGGUCAUCAGACGCUACAAACCUAAAUGUUUUUCUGAAUGUUGAUAAUGUUUACAUUAUGAAUGUUUUUAAUUAUCUGAAGUUAUAUUUCACAACCAUAUCUGAUUGGCAUUGUUGCACCUAACAUCAUCAUGAAUGUAUUUUUUUAGUAGUUUAUUGUGUUAGUUUAAAGCAGUUUAACUUUUCAUUAUCUUACUUCAUAAAAUUGAUAUUUGCAUUUCUGUACUUAACAUAACUUCUGUAGUGCCCUUUGUAGAUUAUAUGGGUUUUACAUAAAACAAUGGUGAUCCUCACUAUUGUGAGAGCAUUGGUUUCUUUUGUCAUAAUAAAACGUUGCAUUCACUGACCUCAAAUGUCCUCAUAGCUUCUAAAGGUUUUUCAAAAAUAAGCAGACAAGUUUCUGGGAACUUAUUGAAAAUCCAUAGUACAAUAUUUAGUUUUGUGUAGAAACUAUGGGACUCUGUGAAAAAAUUAUUUCACUGAGUUUGAAUCCAGAUAUAAUUUAACGUGAACUAAAAAGUAAACAAACUGGAGUUUUAUUUCAUUUAAAAGUAAACCGUUUUCUUUUAAAUCCAAAAAACUUGACAGAUAUUGUAUGAAACAAUCAUGAUCUGCAUUAAUGAUGGUGCUAACAUGUUGAAGUAAUUUAAUAAAACAUUAUUCUGAUUCAUAAAUAUUUGUGUCAUACUGGAUAUCAAACAAAGCUGCUCGCCAAUUUUAGCAGUUAGCUGUUUUCCUUUUAAUCUUAAAGCCUUAAAAUGGGCCCUCUCAGUCUACACAUGUCUAACAGUCUUGUUCUUUACUCUUGAUUGUUUUAAUAUAAUUGUAGAAAUAAGCCACUCAGUCAUUCAUUCAAGCCAAAUCAAAUAAAGAUUCACCUUAUUUCAAAUUACCUUUUUUUGUUGCAAUUUUUGCAUGCUGACAUCAUAAAUUCCAGGGAUAAAAGAGAAAAAUAAAAAUGAUACCAUUGUAAUUUAAUCAAAAAGAAGUGAUUUCCCAAGAACAAAGUGACUGAUUUGGAUAGUGUCAAAAACUGUGUUCAAAGUUGUGUAGAUCUGGUUCUCGGCUGUUGGUGUCCCGUCUGUAGCAGAUAUUUCUAACUAUCUCUCAGUUUUAUUUAUUUUAACCUUUUAUUGAAACAAUAAGAAAACCAUUAUUUUAUCUUGUCUAUCAAGAACAAGCUACAUGGAACAUAAAAAGAACACAUUUGGUGGUGAAAUAAUAAGUAGAACCCACUUUUUUCAUGUUCGGGUUUUGUUUUAGUGAAUGAAAUGAAAAUUUAUCAUUUGCACAGAUACAUUAUUGUACUGGGAUAUUGAAAUUCUUGUGUUUCUUCAGAAUAAAAACGAAGCAGAACCUUCUCAUCACUGAAUGUAGCUGAUUUGAUCUCAAA